AUGAAACGACCAGACAGAUUGGCGAGAUAUGAGGAAAAUUCAAAACGACUGAUUGGCAUGGAACAGCUGGAAGGAAAAGACGUCACAGGAAGAAGAUACAGAAAAGAAGGGUUGAAGUUGAAGCUUGGAAGACAGAUGAUGAAUCGAGGGAAACCUGUUUGGCGGUUGAUUACGAUCGAACGGAAGGAGGAGGAACUUCACAUUCGAGGCAUUCGAAGUGUCGGUGAUGAAGAUCAUCAUGUUCAAAAGAUUGAUUUUCUUUCGCCUUGCACACUGAUCAGUGGACCUAAUGGAACUGGCAAGACCACCACCAUCGAAGCGCUGAACUUCAUCACAACUGGUCAGAUGCCGACAGUGAAAAAACAGGCUUUCAUUCACAGCAGAGAUGUUGCUCGAAAGACCCGCGUAGAUGCAUCAGUUGUUUUGGAGUUUAUUGAUGUGAAAGGAAGAGUGUGUACUGCUGUUCGGAGAUUGGUCGCUACCACUGGAACCAAGAAUGCCGCUCAGGCUGAGGAGCACACUCUAGCGAUCAAAUAUCCUGAUGGCACUACACAAACUUUGAGUAGCAAAGUUUGCGACUUCAACAAAGCCAUCCUACAUCAUCUAGGCGUUCCAAAAGCUAUUUUCAAAUACGUCAUCUUUUGUCAUCAGGAAGAUUCGACAUGGCCUCUGAGCGAGCCGAAAGAGCUCAAAAAUCGUUUCGAUGAGAUUUUCCAAUUGACAAAAUUUGUGAGAGCUCAGGAGAGAAUGAGAAAAAUCGUUGGAGACUUCGCGAAGGAGCUGAACACUCAUGAGGUGUCAAAACAGCUCUACGAAUCUCAUAUCAAAGAGAAACUGAGCGCUCGUAAGAUUCGUGACGAUUGUGUUAAGAAAAUAGAAAAAGGGAAAGAAGCUACGAGCGAUUUGAAGCGAAAGAAAACUCAGGGUAUCAAAAGAUGCGAAGAACUGAAAAUAGAAAUUCAAAAGUUAGACGACCUGAGCAUCUCUAUCAAACAGAAUGAGGCUGAACGCGGAAACCUGAAGAAACAAAUGGAGUUGAUUCGUGUUGAACCAUAUUAUGGAACCGAAGAAGAAUUGAGAAAGCAGUUGGAGGAGUUGAAUGAUGGAGGGAACUAUGCGGAUCAACGUGCUAAAAUCGACAAGAGAAUUGCGAGAAACAAUCAGGAAAGACAAGAAUUGUCCAGAAAUAAAACGGAUCUGGAGAAUAAAAUAUCCAGUUUGAAAGCCGAAGCAAUACAUUGCGAGGCUUUGAAACAUGAUCUGCAAGAGCUGGAAUCAUCUCUUCGGGCUGAGCUUGAUCUUGAGGAGGAUGCUGCUCUUGAUAUCGAAGUCGAGCACGCUUUGAACACAAAGGUGAAAGAAAUGAUGAAGAAGUGUGAGAUUGCGGUUGAAGACUACACAAAACUCCAAUCAACUCAUCGAUCUGCUCAGGAAGCUGUCACAAAAAUUGAAGUUGAGCUGAGCACAAUGAAAAACGAAAAAUUGAAAAUGGAAAAAGAAGUCGAUCAGCUAAAAUCGAAGAUUAGACAAGGAGAAAACGCAACAUCUGGAAUGAAAGAGCUUCUCAAAAAAGAAGAGCAACUUCGUAGGAGCUUGGAUGCGCUUCCGGACGUUGAUAAAGAUGCACUCGACGAUUUUAAACAUAAAAGAGACAAACUUCUGAAAGAAACGGAUGUGCUUAAGAAAAAGUGUGCUGAAGCGGAGAAGAACGCCGAGAACGAGAAAGAAAAAGCAACCCUUCUACAGACCGUGUCUAUUGCUCAUAAAAAGAUCACUGCAUACAAACGUAAGCAUGAGAACAACUGGAAAGGACUUCUUGGAUAUGUUCCGGAAUUCCCUUGGAGUGAACGGUUAUCGACAGCAUUCACCAAGCUACGAAAUGAUAAGAAAACGAUGGAAGAAGAUUUUCGGGAUGUGCAGUUGAACGUGCAAAAGCUGGAAACGAUGCAGCAAGAGUACAGAAAGCAAGAAAAGAGUUUGACUGCCCGGGAACUCGAAUUGAGCGAAGAGAUGUCUGAAUCAUGCCCGUAUAAGCACGAAGAUAUUUCCGAGAAACUGGUGGAUUUGCGUAAGCGGCUGAAAAAAGCUCGAAAGGAUCUGGCGCCAAUAAGUGCAAAGUCUGAUAUCUACGAUUCGUACAUCGAGGAGUCGAAAACCAACGGAUGUUGUCCAUUGUGUGAACGUGAUUUUUCUUCGAAAAAGGCCAUUUCUGAAUUCACGAAAAAACUCCAACAUAUGACUCUGAACUUACCCGCCGAGCAAGAAGAACUCGAGUCUAAAGUGUCCCGAAUGGAAAUGGAAGAGGUUCAACUGGUGAAAUCUGAAGGACAAGCAAAAGAGUUGGAAAAGAUUGUAAAAGAAUUGAAAGAAAUUCGUCAGAAGAGGACAACCAAUUCUCGCGAAAUGGAAGAAGAAAAAGAAAGCUUGACUAAAAAUGAAGGACAACUUGAGAUUCUGAAUAAGAAAUUAGGUUUUGCUGAAGAGCUACAAACCGAUGUGGGAGUUGUUGAACAACUCUGCGAACAAACUAACGAUAAUGAAGAACGUCUUGCGAAUUUAACCUCGGAAGUCAGCUUCAGUGAAGGUCCGAGUUACAGCGAGCUUCGUACUAAACUGGAAGAGAAAGAGAAAGAAUAUCGCCGAGUUGUUCAAGAAAGCGACGAGUUCCAGAAGUCCACCGAAGAAAGGAACAAACUUCAAUCAAAGCUAAAUGAACUUGGAACCCAUCGUGUCUCUUUGGGAGAAGCUGCUGCCCAAGCAGGAGCGUUCGCUGAACAACUUGAAAAGAAGAAGCGUGAAAUUCAGAAGUGUGUUGAUGAGAUGGAGAGAAAAAGAGAUGAAGAUCUGCCAGAUGCGAAGUUGACUAGAGAGGAAUUGAUUCGACAGCUGGCUUUGAAAGAUGAGGCUCGGAAAAAGGCUGAAAUGGAAAUGCAACUGAAAAGGAAAGAUAUGCAGCAGAAGCAAGAACAAUGGAAGAUGUUGGUGAGGAACAUUCAAGAGAGUAAUAAGGGUGAGAGAAUGCUGGUCGAGCAGGAGAUGAAUGUGAGAUCUAUCAAUGAAAAACUGGAAGAAAACCAACAACGCCAGAGACGUUUCGAGGAAAAUAUUCGUUCAUUCGACAGCGUCCAUCAACAGGAAUUGACUCUCAAAGAUCAACUCACCCGAAUGAAGAUUGAGAAAAAGUUUAGAGAAGUGGAACGCACAUUGACGUCAUUUGUCGAUCAGUUCAACGAAGAACAUUUGGUAGACUUGAAACGAGAGUACUGUCAGUUACAAAACGAUUUGAGACUGAUUGGAAACGAAGAAGUGAAAAUUUUCACCCAAAUACAAGAAUAUCAAAAGCAGGUUGAUGCGGCAGAGGCGAAAUUGGCUACGAAGGAUUACCAACGAGCUGAGACGAAUUAUCGAGAUGCCAUCAUCGAAAUUACGAUUCUUCGUGAAUCGAUUCAGGAUUUGACAAAGUAUCGAAAGUGUCUUGAUGUGUCCCUCAUUCAAUUCCAUACUGAAAAGAUGGCAGCAGUGAAUGUUAUCAUUGACGAAUUGUGGAGAAAAGUCUACAAUUCCACAGACAUCACUACCAUUAGAAUCAGAUCCGAUACUGCAUCUGAGGGCGGAAGUAAGAGAGCAUAUGACUACAAUGUUAUGAUGGUCCAGGAGAGUGGUACUGAAGUAGAGAUGCGUGGAAGAUGUAGUGCUGGACAGAAGAUGCUCGCUUCUCUUCUUAUUCGCAUUGCCCUUGCCGAAGUUUUUGGUGGAUUGUGUUCCAUGAUUGCGUUGGAUGAGCCAACCACAAACUUGGAUGAGUGGAAGGUUGAUGGAAUGGCAAACGUUCUUAGUGAUCUGAUUGAAGCACGACGGGGUUAUGACGACGAUGGAAAUUUGAGAGGGCGUGAUAUGCAGAUGGUCAUCAUCACACACGACGAGCGUCUCGUCAACAAAAUCACUCUCAGCUGCCGUCCAGAUUAUAUCUACUGUUUGGGGAAGGAUGAGCAUGGAGUCAGUUUCUUGUCGAAACGAUUCCCAGACGGAAGAAUGAAACGAGUCAACGAGUUGCACAGACGCUAG